AAUGAAAAAUUCUACAGGGCAUUAUUUGUGUGUGUAAUGAGUAUUGUUAGAUGCGCUCAUUGGUUGUCGCAUAGAGAAUUCCAGAGGUUCCUGACAUUUUCUCCGGACAGACUGGAGAUUCUCUAUCCAACAGCCAAUGAGCGCAUCCGAUCGACUGAUGAAUGCACACGAAUACAAUCUUCCGCUGAAAAAAAUGAUUUGUCGCACACCUCCUGCACUACAGGUGCAAAUAGUUCAGUUAGAAGGAACAAACUUCUUGUAAUGCAACUUGAAGAGGAGGACAGAUUUUAAAUAUGUGCAACAGGGAAUAACUCACAAUAGCGAUGGCUAUGCGAAAGAGAAGUGGCUCUGGUGCCAAACGUCAGCACAAAUGUAAAUUAGUACCUAUCUAUGAAAGUUUCUUCAAAGGAGAAGAUCUGACGCUGGCUCACCCAAAUUUCUGGAACGAGCUAUUCCUCAUUAAACCUAUGGUUCCCCACAUAGAAAGUGAGAUUUUGCACAUGACGUCGGAACAAUUAAACGCCAGUAAGGAAAACUUGAAUGCAUUGGUGUGCCAUUGCGUUGACACGUUGGUCGACGAACAUCCAUUCCGAAUAGUAUACGCGCUACAAACGUUGGCGGCGGUUAUUCAGUCGAUGUAUAAAAAAGCCAAUCAGGGAGACUACGGAUUCAAUCUAAUAGAUAUCUUAGUAGGCUUUGAUUCUGCGGAACAAAGGAUGACGACGUUGAUGCAGCACUGCAAUAAUUUUCUGACAGGUGAAUAUCCAGACAGCUUGAAAGCUUUGUGCCUGAAAUUAUUGUUAAUAAUAGUUACCGGUAUGGACAAUGUCAGCCAAAAUACUUUACUGGAAUAUGUUAUGCUAAACAGUGUCUUCGAGUCUCUGAUUCAAUUGUUGAGAGACACGGCCGCUAGAAACCGCCACGGCCACGAUGCGGUUUUGUUGCUAACGCUUCUAGUCAACUACAGGAAGUACGAAAGCGCGAAUCCCUAUAUCGUUAAAUUGUCGAUCCUGGACGACGAAUUGGCGCUCAACGGAUAUGGGCAGGCCAUAUCGAGCUCGUUAACGGAGUUCUGUCGACAAUUCGCUCAGCAGAGGGCAGAAAUACAAGCAUCUUGGUUGUCCUCGCUAACUAGUAUAGUCGGUAGCAUGUUUGUCGGCGAGGAGGAGGCGAAAACGCAACAAGUUCGCGCGAAUAACGCUUUGCUUUUAGCUCUGUACGAGGCCACACACUUGAAUCGUAAUUUUGUAACUACUCUGGCCUAUACGCAAAGUGAUACCAGCGCACCUCCGUCGCCGAACAACACUCUGGGCCCGAACGCGGUGGCUCCCGGUGCACCGCCGCCCGACGUGAUGGCUCAGCCGUUCAAUUUACUGGCCACCUUCCUGCAAUACUGCUCGAUAGUCAUGCAGGUCAUCAGAACGGAGGCCAUAAUGAACAAUGUGAAGCUAUGCUUCCUGAUAUUGAGCUGCAUCGCGGAGGACCAAUACGCGAACAGUUUGAUGCACGACGCGAAUCUAGCGUUCAGGGUUCAGCUGCAUCGAGUGCCCAUGCAUCACAGAAAGUUGCAGGAUAAGGCGGCACCCGCGCAGCCGCUCGCAGCGACGUUACUCGACCUGCUGGUCGAAUUCGUGACGUCACACAUGAUGAAGAAGUUCCCGCUCGAGUUGUAUCAUCAGUGCAUCGGCGUUCUCCAAAGGCUGCUGUGCUACCAAAAAAGGUGUCGUGUCAGGCUCGGCUAUCAGUGGCGAGAUCUCUGGACGGCGUUGAUCAAUCUUCUGAAAUUCCUCACGACGCACGAGAGCCACCUCAUUAAGAAAAUGAAUAUCUUCCCCCUAGCUAUUCAGGUGGUGAACAUAUUAAAUUUGUUCAUUACGUACGGUGAUACAUUCCUAUCGUCGCCCAGCAGUUACGACGAAUUGUUCUACGAAAUUAUUCGCAUGAGACUUAUCUUCACUAAUUUGAACGCUAUGGCACUCAGGUACUCGACCAGCGAAUCGUACGAGCACAAGGAGCAUGCGCUCAAAUUAACGAAUUCUCUCGUGAACGUGAGAGACAUAGUAAAUCACUUUCCGCCAAAGAUAACAGCAUGGCUGACGAAAGAAAGCCUGUCGACGCCGACGGAACAGCAAAUACUGGCGAUUAUAAUACAGAAUUACGACAGUCUCACUUUAAAACUGCAGGAUAAUCUGGAUCAGUACGAGAGAUAUUCGGAAAAGCCUAAUCAUACUGCAUUUUUUGAGGAGAUGGUAAGCGGAGUGGUGGUGGACACCAGAGCUUCGAUAGAUCUUAAUACUCUAGACACGCAGAGUAUACUGGAAGAGCUUUCAAACAUUUCGUAACAGUACUACAAUGUAUCUUCGACAUUGUGACUGUUGUGUUGUUCCAUAAUGUAUCCUUUUCUCGCCUCGUAAAACGGCCAGCUUCUCAUGUAAAUUACUUACGAAGCGGAGACGUGUGUUAUUAUACGGAGUUACGAUACUUUAAGGUCGCUUAAUUUCCUUUGAAAUUGCCUUUUGUUUCUUAUGAAUUGUAUACAGGAAUUCUGCGAAGAUACCAUUGAAUAUAUCAUUACAUUGUAACGAGAACGCAAUAAACGGAUUUAAUAAAUUCCAGUAUUCGUAUCGACGAUGUCAUCUUGCGGCGACGAAUGGAGCUGCUCUAUUUUCGCGCUUCUAUCGAGGUAGUGGAGUGAAUCGACCGGUUAUCGUAAGUGUUGUGUAAAAGUGUUCGUGAAACUAGAGACCCUAAAAUCAGAAUCUGCACACAAAUCCGGUCCGUCAUGUUUAUGCUAAAUCCUACGAGAGAAAAUAAAUGUACACCAUCUCAUUCUAA